CAUUAUUCUCAUUAAACUACGGCUUUACUUGUACUUAAAUCUAAAUCAGUCAACAAGCAACCUUGCUAGAAUGUAUUCUCCCUGUAAUCUGUCCCAGAAAAGAAAAAGUUGAGUAAAAUCACAAGCAAUCAACUAAGCAAAGCCCUGCACUGGUACUAUUAUUACUAUAUCUAUGCUACACUAAUUUGCAGUCACGAUCACGAAUAAUAAGUUGCUUGAUCAAGUAUUAUACUGUAACAAUAGCCAAAUUAAUCAGAACAAUGAAGAAUUCAUCUUCUUAUUCAUCAGCAGCCCUUCUCGCCUUCUUAUGCCUCCUUUUUCUGUCUCUACCAUCUCCUUCUUUCUGUGCGCAUCCCAAGUGCAACUCACAUGAUAAGAAGGUCCUCCUGAAAAUCAAAGCUGACCUAAACAAUCCCUACCAUUUGGCCUCAUGGGAUCCUAAAGUUGACUGUUGUGAAUGGUAUGCUUUGGAAUGUGAUCGAAAUACUGGCCGUGUCAUUGCUCUCACCAUCUUUGCAGGCAACAUCUCCGGCCAAAUCCCACCUGCUGUUGGCGACCUCCCAUAUCUCCAAAACUUGGAGUUUCGUAAGCUUACAAAUCUUACUGGCGAAAUCCCAUCUACCGUUACCAAGCUCGUUCAUCUAACAUUCCUCCGACUUAGCUGGAAUCAUCUCUCAGGGCCAGUUCCUUCCUUCCUUAGCCAGAUCAAGGCCCUGACUUUCUUGGACUUGUCAUUCAAUAACUUCACUGGUUCCAUCCCUCCUUCGCUUUCUGAGCUCCCUAACCUCCUUGCACUUCACCUAGACCGCAACAGACUCACCGGAAACAUCCCUGAAUCGUUCGGGAACUUCGCAUUUGGAAAUAGUGUUCCUGAUAUUUAUCUUUCCCACAACAUGCUCACAGGCACAAUUCCAAGGUCUUUUGGUGGCUUAAACUUCUCACUGAGGAUUGACUUGUCACGCAACAAGCUCGAAGGUGAUGCGUCAUUCUUGUUUGGCAAGAACAAGACCGUGCAAUUUGUUGAUUUGUCGAGGAAUUUGUUCGUGUUUGAUCUUUCCAAGGUGGAGUUUUCGGAGAACUUGAUAUAUUUGGACUUGAACCAUAACAAAAUCUUUGGGAGUCUUCCACAGAGCUUCACUAAUUUGGGUCUGCAGUUCUUUAAUGUGAGUUAUAACAGGCUGUGUGGCCAGAUUCCGCAAGGUGGGAAGCUGCAAAGCUUCGACUUGUAUUCUUAUUUCCAUAACAGAUGUUUGUGUGGUGCCCCUCUUCCUGCCUGCAAGUGAUUUUCAGAAAAUUGGGACAGAGGAAGCAGGGAUUUGUUAAAAAAAAAUAAACAGUUGUCAUGAUAUUUAAUGUACUUAUUUCAUGUCAGGUUUGCUUUUGCAGUUUCCACACGAAACUGAGAAAUAAUAAUAAUUUCAUGGCAAGAUUGUAUCUCAUGUAUUAUAUGGCAUAAAAAUAAACUCUAUUUUCGAUAA